AUGGCACUGUCAAGUUAUGAUCUUAGGAAAGUGUAUAAAGACAUUUAUACGAUCGAUUACUAUUUCUAUGAGAAUAAUAAUUAUCAAUUAAUAGUUAAUAAAAAUUACAGUGAUUUAAUCCACAAAUAUUGUCAUUAUGGGAAUACUUCAGGAAAAGAUAAAUGUCAAAAUAAUUAUUUUAAAAUGGCUAGUUCUGGUGUUAUUCAUUUGCUAGAAGCGUUAAAGAAGUAUAAUUUAGACGAUGAUAAACUUGCCGAAUACGCUAUUUUAUGGUUAAUUUACAAACUAAAUAUAUAUUCAAAAAAUACAUUCAAAAAUCUAAGUGAUUUUUAUAAUAGUUAUAUAGAAAAAAAUGAGUAUUAUGAUAAGAAUAUAAAAGGUGAUGGUAGUCCAACUUAUAAGGAAAUUAUAAAUAAAAAACAAGAUUUGAUGAAUAUGAAUAUUAAAGAACUAUCUAAAUUUGAUGCCCCAUUUUAUAUAUUAUUUGAUUUGUAUUAUGCAUCUAAUAGUCGAAUUUUGAAUUGUACAAAUUAUUCUGGUUAUGGUAAACUGUUUGUUCAAAAUUUUAAAGAACUCAAUAAUGAUCCUAAGAAUAUAGAAAACAGUUCAUAUAGUCAAAUAUUGUCUACAUUAUCAAAUGAUUAUAAAAAUUUAAAAAAUAUAUAUGAUAAUGAUCAAGUUAAAUGUAUCGAUUUUCCAGAUCUUCCACCAUUAUCCCCCCAAAAAAUUUCUGUAGAAAAGUCUGUAGACAGUCCUGGAAAAGGUGUUGAACAAACAUUGGGGGAGAGUCCUGAAGCUACAUCAUCAAGUUCGUCGAUAUUAAACACAGUAAUUCCAGGUUUAUCGACAUUUGCAAUACCGGUUUUCUUGGGAGUUGCUUAUAAGUAUUCAUUAUUUGGAAUUGAUAAAAUAUUUCAAAGACCAUUUAUAAGAAAAAAAUUAAAAAAUAUAAAGAAGAAAAUGAAACUUAAUAUAUGA